AUGGCUCAACUACGUCUUGCUCUGGAUAAAGGUGGACCAUCGGCACCCAAUCCGCUGAACACUCUCUCCCCUUCGCCAUAUGCCUUUGCUGGCCAGGCAUCCCUUGGGUCCCAUGGACCGCCAACCGGCAGACAUCUCACGGGGGUGUCCUCGGAUCAAGCAACGAACCGUCGCCAGAGAUCAUAUGGGAACACGCGGCGUGGUAAUAUUUCGCCUUUCGCAGACACUCAAGUGUCUCCGACAGAACCAAGCAUAGCCGGCACGGUCCAACUGUCGCACCAUGAGACACUCAUCGACGGUGCUUCCCAGGGCCCCCGCCCCCACCCACAAGGCCGGCUCAAAAGGAGGCUAAUCCAACAAUUGAGGGCGAUAGGAAAGACCAAUCCUGAGCGGGACUUGAGGCUGGCGGUGUGUGCGUUGUCGGCGAACUUGCAGAAGCACGCCCUCGACGCCAUCUUUACGCUCGCUCUUGAAUACUCCGUGAUCACAGCAGGGGCAGUGAUGUUUCUUGGUCUCAAGGCGGCCGCCUUGCCCGAGGGCCAUCCCAUGAGGAAGUCAUUUCUUUCACCGUGGGGUGGUCGCAUCGCUCCCAAGCGGUUCACCAGGAUUGUGCUGGAGCGGCUUCAGAGUGGCCUUGCUCCAAUCGCGGAGAAUAUACUGGUCCUUGAUGACAACUUUCCUGACCACGGCUUCGAUAUUCUCCUCGGUCGCCGCUUCCUGCACCAAGCAUGUGGUGGAAACCUCCCGCCAAAGCAUAUCGCAAACGGAAACGGAACUGUGAACGAUCAGAACACCCCAUUCCAUGGAACGUACGCGCAUACUGGCUGGGGAGGUGUCAUGGAACCGAACACAAACGACUUCCCGAAAACAGCAAGCAGAGUGCCGCACAUGUUCUUGUCGCCGCAGACGUCGGUGAGCGGUUUUCCGGUUCAGACAUGGGAGGCGGCUCGUAGCAGGGAUGAGCGGCCCGUCGACAUUUCCCAUGUAGCGAAUGUCGUCGUGAUCUCGAUUGCGGCUCUGCUCAAGCGGGCGGGGCAAAACCCGCUGUGGGCCUGGUCCCUGGCCAAUCUAAAGUUUCGAUCGCGGCUGACUUGA